UCACUUUUUGGAGUGUUCAUUUUCUUUUUUUAAGAACACGGCUUGAUGAACUGAGAAUGUUCUUAGAGAAUGAGACUUGGGAACUUUGUCCUGUUAAGUCAAAUUUCAGCAUCUUGCAACUUCAUGAAUUUAAAUUCAUGGAACAGUCUCGCUCCCCAUCAGUUUCACCUAGUAAGCAGCCAGUCUCAACUUCUUCAAAAACAGUGACCUUGUUUGAGCAGUACUGUAGUGGUGGGAAUCCAUUUGAAAUUCAGGCCAACCACAAAGAUGAAGAAACAGAAGAUGUCUUAGCUUCUAAUGGGUAUGAAUCUGAUGAACAGGAAAAGAGUGCCUAUCAAGAGUAUGACAGUGACAGCGAUGUUCCUGAGGAACUCAAACGAGACUAUGUGGAUGAGCAGACUGGAGAUGUUCCUGUGAAAAGUGUUUCUCGGGAAACUCUAAAAAGCAGGAAGAAAUCAGAUUACAGUCUAAAUAAAGUGAAUGCCCCUAUCUUAACAAAUACAACGUUGAAUGUAAUAAGACUUGUUGGUAAGUAG